UGGCUCGGGGGUUGUAACCGACUAACGGAAUUAGAACAUUGACAGAGCUCCGGUUUCAUCCAUCUUCUGAAGUUCAGUUCGGAGGUUCGGGUUGGAGACGGUUUGGGGUGAUUUGGGUUUGAAAGUUGAGUGUUAACCGAAUAAACAGCCAUGGAGGCUCGUGGAGUUCUCUCCGUUCUGUGCGUCGGUGCGAUGUUUGCCGUGGCGCUCGCACAGCAGACCGACAGACCCAAGUUCUGGGAGUGUCCGGUGGACCUGUUCUUUGUUCUGGACACGUCUGAGAGUGUUGCUCUGAGGGCCAAACCUCCCAACUUCUACAUCGACCAGAUCAAGAGCUUUACUGAACGCUUCAUCAUGGAGCUCAAAGAGAUGCGCCACCCAUGUGACCGGUCCCUGACAUGGAACUCUGGAGCGCUGCACUACUCUGAUGAGAUCAUCUUAGUGCGCCAGCUGAGUGACAUCGCCACCGAGCGCCAGGCGCUCAUCAGUGACAUCAAGGGCAUCAGCUACAUUGGCAAGGGAACACACACUGACUGUGCCAUCAAGAGAGGCAUCGCUGAGCUGCUCAUAGGGGGCUCCCACUACCAGGAGAAUAAGUACAUCGUCGUGGUGACGGACGGGCAUCCUCUAACAGGUUACAAGGAGCCCUGUGGGGGGUUACAGGAAGCUGCCAAUGAGGCCAGGCAACACGGGGUUAAAGUCUUCUCUGUCGCCAUAUCACCAGACCAGGAGGACACCAGACUGUCAGUGAUUGCUACAGACCAGAACUACAGACAGAACUUCACAGCAGCUGACAACAGCAGAUCCACCCAGCUACAGACCAUUCGCAGCAUCAUAGAUAUGAUCACCAAUGAGACCAAGGAUGUGUGCUGUUCUUUUGACUGCAAUGCUAAAGGAGGUCCCAAAGGACCAGUAGGAGACCUCGGGUCCAAGGGUGAAACAGGUAGACAGGGGAUGCCAGGCGAGAAGGGAGACAUCGGGGUAGAGGGGAACUUGGGAGACCCCGGUCCCGUAGGAUACCGUGGAAUGAAGGGCGACCGAGGUGGAAUAGGCAACAAGGGCGAGAGAGGCCAUAAAGGCUACAAGGGAGACAAAGGACAACAGGGGACAGAUGGAGUUGAUGGACGUAAGGGUGAUCCAGGGUUUCCUGGUCUAGCCGGCUGUAAAGGUUCCCCAGGACCUGACGGCUCAAGGAGACGGACGGUCCUAAGGGAGAUCCUGGUCCAUACGGAACCAAAGGAGCUAAGGGUGAUCGGGGGGAAAAACGGAGAACCAGGACGACCCGGUAACUACGGACCGCCCGGAACCAAGGGUACACUGGGCCCAAAAGGAGCCAAUGGGGACAAAGGACAGCGGGGUGAUGAUGGAGCACCUGGACCGGACGGCCUCCGAGGAGACAAAGGAACCCCAGGAGAGAAAGGAGAACAAGGAACCCGUGGAAACAGAGGACCAAGAGGAGAUUUGGGUGACCCAGGACCUCGUGGAGAUCAGGGCAGAGAGGGUUCAUCUGGAGCCAAUGGAGAGCCUGGCGACAUCGGCAGGGCGGGGUCUCCAGGAUACAGAGGAGAUGAGGGCGCCCCCGGGCCAGAGGGCCCCAAAGGACCAAGAGGGAUCAAAGGAGCUCCCGGAGACAGAGGCCAGAUCGGAGCGAGGGGAGAAGAUGGUGCACCUGGAAAUGGAACUGAGGGUUGUCAUGGUUUCCAGGGUUACCCCGGCCCACGAGGAGAUAUUGGAGAGCCGGGUGGAAAGGGAACCCCAGGACCUAAAGGAGAUGACGGAGAGCCUGGAGACGCUGGCCUGGACAACAACUCCCCAGGACUCCCAGGGAACAAAGGAGGCAAAGGACACAGAGGACCUGAAGGAAACCCGGGACCAGUCGGGCCUCCGGGACCUGCAGGAGCUGAUGAAUGUGAGAUUCUGGAUAUCAUCAUGAAGCUUUGCUCAUGCUGUGAGUGUAAGUGUGGGCCCCUGGACCUGGCCUUCAUCGUGGACAGUUCUGAGAGUAUCGGCUCCACUAACUUCGCUCUAGCUAAGGACUUCAUCAUAACCGUCAUAGACCGCCUUAUUAAGGACCAGCAAGUCAAUUUUGGUUUUAAUGAGUCCAGGGUAGGCGUGGUGCAGUACAGUGGGGAUGGAGCCCAGGAGGCUGUCAGACUGGGAGACCCCAACAUUAACACACUCACUGAGCUCAAACAGGCGGUGCGGGACCUGCGCUGGCUGGCUGAGGCCACCUAUACAGGGGAGGCUCUGCAGUUCUCUCUGACCAACAUGAUUGACCGUCUGCAGCAGGAGAACCGCGUGGUCCUAGUGCUCACUGACGGACGCUCUGAUAUCACCAGAGAUAAAACACCGCUCAACACACUCUGUGGGAAGGGCAUCAAGGUGGGUGGUCUGGGAGUGAAGGACUACUCUGGCCGUCAACCCAACCAUGAACAGCUCAGUGCUGUGGUCUGUACGAGUGACCCUAAACCAGGCUUCUCCUUCGUACUGGAGAACUUCGCUGAGCUGCUGGAUGACAGCUUCUUACAGAACCUCACCACACGCAUCUGUGAAGAUAAGAAGUGUCCCAACUACAAAUGUCCCAUCUCCUUCUCAGGGGACACAGACAUCGUAUUGAUGAUGGACAGUUCAGCCAGUGUGGGGCAGAGGAACUUUGACUCCAGCAAGACCUUCGUCAAGCGUCUGGCUGAGCGCUUCCUGUCUGCCGAGAGGUCCGGCCGCGCUGCCGUGCGUGUCGCUGUGGGCCAGUACAGCCGUGAACGCCGCAUGGAGGCGGAGCUGACCUCUAACCUCACCCUGCUGACCAGUAAGAUUGAGGCCGCCACCUUCCAGAAUGAUGGGACUGAUGUUACCAAGGCGAUGGCCUUCGCCAUGGAGAAAUUCCAGACGUCAGGGGGCGGGAACAGGAAGAGGAAGCUAGUGCUGUUCUCUGACGGGAGAUCUCAGGGCGUUACCGAGGCGAUGCUGGAGAAGCGCGUACGGCUGGUGUCAGAGGGGGGAGUGGAGCUGUACGUUAUCACCGUGGGCAACCAGGUGAGCGAGGCCAACCUGCGCUCGCUGGUCAGCAGGGGGAGGAGUUACGACGUCACCUAUGCCCAGCGCCACCUGUUCCGCGUCCCGGACUACCCAUCUCUGCUGCGUGGCGUGUUCUACCAGACCGUGUCCCGCAGGGUCUCCCAGGCCUGAGUUCAGGGGCAAAGGCUGGGACCACAUGCUUUAGAGUUUAGUCUCCCUCAUUAUGAAUAUCCAUUCAUAUUUCAUCACUCAUUUACUGUGUUUUAGUUGGGGUUUAAUGUCCGAUAAUGACAGAAGACAAUUGUGUGUCAGACUGUGUAAAAGAUUGUGUUAGACUGCAUUCAUGUGCUCUCAGAAUUAUCAAGAAAAAUCCCAAGCGGAAAACUACUGAAAACCUCUUGUGACAGAAACUAGUUUCAGACGUCUGUUAUGAGCUUCCAUGUUGUAACAUCUUCCUGUCAGACUGUUCCAUAAUUCCCUGUCAGGCUGUUCCCAGUUCCAUAAUUCCCAGUCAGACUGUUCCCAGUUCCAUAAUUCCCAGUCAGACUGUUGCCAGUUCCAUAAUUCCCAGUCAGACUGUUCCAAGUUCCAUAAUUCCCAGUCAGACUGUUCCCAGUUCCAUAAUUCCCAGUCAGACUGUUCCCAAUUCCAUAAUUCCCAGUCAGACUGUUCCCAGUUCCAUAAUUCCCAGUCAGACUGUUCCCAAUUCCAUAAUUCCCAGUCAGACUGUUCCCAGUUCCAUAAUUCCCAGUCAGACUGUUCCCAGUUCCAUAAUUCCCAGUCAGACUGUUCCCAGUUCCAUAAUUCCCAGUCAGACUGUUCCUAGUUCCAUAAUUCUGAGCAGCACAUGAAUGCAGACAGAAUUAGACAGAAACGUUACUGUAAAGGAAUGGUCGUUGUUAUUUGUAGAUCAGAGACAGGACAGGAUAUGACAUCACUACAUAUUUUUUAAACAUCAAAGUUAAACAUUAAACAUCCUCCCUGCAGAUACCCUGAUCCUAAUGAAGAACAGCUGGACACGGACUAUUUGCGUACUCAUGUGUGCAUGUGCGUGUGUGUGUGUGUGUGUGUGUGUGUGUGUGUGUGUGUGCAAACAGUGGAAUGGUCUCUAAUGUGUUAUACAUCAUGUGGGAGUUCCUCAUAAACAGUUUGUCUGAGGUCGCAUGUUCAGAUGCCUCACAAGUACACAAACAUGCAACCACACACACAAACAUACACACACACAACCACACUCAGACAGGAAAACAUCUAUUACCAUGUUUGCACCGCCAACCCUGAUGAGGUAAAGAAACCCUGAAUGGUUUUUGGCCCCUCUCUCUCUCUCUCUCUCUCUCUCUCUCUCUCUCUCUCUCACACACACACUCAUUCCUCUCUGCAUCAGCCUGAUGAGGUAAAGAAACCCUGAAUGGUUUAUGUCUCCCUGUGACCCCUCUCUCUCUCUCUCUCUCUCUCUCUCUCUCUCUCUCUCUCUCUCUCACACACACUCAUUCCUCUCUACAUCAGCCUGAUGAACCAUAACCCUUUGAAGGCUACUUUAAAGUUCCAAGUAACAGUUUCAGAUGAAUGGUUCAGGGCCAGUUCCUCAGUGUCAGCAUGUGUGAACAUGUAACUCAGUGGAUCAUGGUGCCAGUUGACCGCUGUAGCAGUGAAUGGUGCCAGUUGACUGCUGUAGCAGUGAAUGGUACUAGUUGACUGCUGUAGCAGUGAAUGGUGCCAGUUUACCGCUGUAGUAGUGAAUGGUGCCAGUUGACUGCUGUAGAAGUGAAUGGUGCCAGUUGACCGCUGUAGCAGUGAAUGGUGCCAGUUGACCGCUGUAGCAGUGAAUGGUGCCAGUUGACCGCUCUAGCAGUGAAUGGUGCCAGUUGACCGCUCUAGCAGUGAAUGGUGCUAGUUAACCGCUGUAGCAGUGAAUGGUGCCAGUUGACCGCUGUAGCAGUGAAUGGUGCUAGUUGACUGCUGUAGUAGUGAAUGGUGCCAGUUGACUACUGUAGUAGUGAAUGGUGCCAGUUGACCGCUGUAGUAGUGAAUGGUGCCAGUUGACCGCUGUAGUAGUGAAUGGUGCUAGUUGACCGCUGUAGUAGUGAAUGGUGCCAGUUGACCGCUGUAGCAGUGAAUGGUGCCAGUUGACCGCUCUAGCAGUGAAUGGUGCCAGUUGCCGCUCUAGCAGUGAAUGGUGCCAGUUGACCGCUGUAGCAGUGAAUGGUGCCAGUUGACCGCUGUAGCAGUGAAUGGUGCCAGUUGACCGCUGUAGCAGUGGGCAACAUCCUACUGAUGAUAUUUUGAUCUGAAACCAAACCAGCUGCCAGACAGGCUGCUAGAACAGCUGAUUCAUUAAAGGCCUCUUCAACCAA